AUGCACAUCCAUCCCAUGCCUGAUCAUCGAUUUCCUUUGCUUUUGUCUUCUUGCCGCAAGUCCAUAGGUGAAGUUACCAACAGUGUCUCGUCGCUAUUCUUCAAGGCCUAUGGAUUGUCUUUGGAUAUUAGUUCUCUUUCCUUUGAUGUAUCCGUUGUCCUGCAGCUACCUCUCAAUUGUAUAUGGUAUGACUCUGGUCACAAGUUGAGCAAAGUCGUUUUCGUCACCUCAAGGUUCAUGAUAUCUUUUAUCUGA